AUGAUCAUCAUCGGCGCCACAUACAGCCGUAUCCGGCACACAAGACGCUUUUCCAUACUCAUGCUCGAUAGAGCUCGUCAAAAUCUCCAAGCGCUGAUCGAAGCCGACAAGAGCUUGACCAGACAUCCUGAAACUAUCUAUGCAUCUUCACUACUAGUGUAUACUGGGUUAUGGUGCGGAAACAAAGGGGCAUUUGAGACUGCCGAAGCAUUCAGAGGAAGUUUGGUGACAUACGUCAGACGUCUGUUUCAACCGAAAACGAAAGUUGCGGAUGUCGCAGGUAGUCGUGUUGAAGAUCAUUGGAGGGCAUGGGCAACAUCUGAGUUCAAGCGCCGUUUACGCUGGUACGUAUUCAUGAUUGACUCACAGUUCCCCGCCAUUUUGAACAUGCGGAGUAUGAUGUCUCUCGCAGAGGUCGCUAGGUGGGAGUGCCCGGGUGAUGACGCCGCAUGGUGUACAACGAGUGCUCCAAUCUGGGCAACUCUAGUUAAACCCUUGGGGAGUUUAUCGGCACCAGAGUUUGGCAUUGUUUUUAAGGCUCUUACGAACAAUAGAAGAGCUGAUUUCACCAACUUGGCACCAUCAGUCUCUGCUAUUACUGAUAGCAUCAGCCCGUGGACACAAUUCCUUGUUCUGAGUUGCUUGGCUAGCCAGGCACUGGACUGGUCGCACGAUUGGUCAGUACAGGUCGGCAGUGACCCUGCCAUGAUACAAGAUAAGGGCAGUGGUUGUCAUCAAGAAAGUCUGCGGAUACGGGACAACAUCAUCGCAUCUUUGAAAUCAUGGGAAUGCUACUACGGCACCAAGUACAGUGGCAACCCGAUCCCGGAUGUGGCGCAAAGUCCAGUGCUGUACUUUCAGAACGCAUCUCAAAUACUCCGUGGCCUAGUAAACAUUCAACUACAAACGUGCGUUGCUGAUUUGCAAGAUGCUCUCGGAAAAGGCGGAGCAAAUGCUGUUGACGAAAGCCUGGGCCGACUUCGAGUCUACUUCACAAACGGAUACACCAACUGUGUUGGAGCACACCAAGAGUUGCCAUUUGAGUCUCUAGAUGCCUUCGCCAAAUCAGUCAUGGAAACUACAUCAAUCAUGAGCAACCCGACACUACAGUCUGCCACACCUUAUAGCAUCUUUGGAAUCUUCCUAAAUCAUGUCUUGCAAUGGGCAUUUCUAAAAAGCAGCCCCGAAACAUUGAAGUCGCACCUUCGUGAGCAUCUCCGAGAUAUGGCUUUCUCAUAUCACGGACGAGGCAUGUCGGAGCUCAGUGGAAUACUUGAUUUCGGGCUCUCCUCAGCAAACCCGACAGUCGUGAACAGGGACAGAAGCCACUUAGUUCUCAUGCAAGCUGCGCAGAAUUUGGCGCUGCUUGGUACUUGGGGCGCAUCGUUGAAUCUGGCCCUUCUGCUUCAGUUGAGAGCGAAAACUUAA